UGACGAGGAAUCAUGUGAAUUUUAAAAUUAAGAUAAAUUAGAGUAAAUCUAUAGAAAAAACAAAAUGGUUUAAAUGAUUUAUAUGAAGCUGUUUUAAUAAGAUAUUUUAGGGCAAGAACUCUAGAUAUAUGUUAAAGGGGCUAGAAAGAAGAGUGAAUUUAUGAAGAAAAUGUGCUAGAGAAUUUUAUGCUCUUGAAGUGGUUCUUUGAGAAUUUUUGAGAAUGGCGUAGGUAGGGAAUAGUAGGGAACAUCCGGUCUAAUGGCGUCAAGGGCCACGCACUGUUGUCACAUUUUGGCCUACAGUGUUUCAAUAUCUUGCUUUGUUUAUGUCGGCCAAGUUUUCCCCAGGGAAAGCCGAGAGAUUCGCCCUGGAAUACGAGGAUCGGCAGGGGAAGGUAAGGCCGGCUCAAUUUUUUAGUCAGGUGUCGAUACGGGGUAGAGUAAAAAUUUUCCUGGAGCCCCGGGAGCAGUGACCUUGGAUUCGCUGUCAUCUCUUCAGGAUCCCAUAGCGCCAAGUUUAAACACUGCACUUGCUUCCUGACUUUUGAAGAUACAGUGAUGGAAGUAACUACAGAAGAUGCUGCACAAGCCGUCCUACUGGAAAGAAUGGAAGGUACACAGUACAUUACCAUCCAAAGACAGGAUGGUGAAUCACUUGGAAAAGGAGUACCACUUCUUGCACUGAAUGGUGAAUUGAUCCCUGAAGGAAUGGUUGUAGAUAUGAUCAAUGCUGGAGUAGGAUCUGAAUAUACCACAACUACUCAGUACUAUGAAACAGAAGAAGACUUGCUACCUCAUGAAUUGACCGAGGAUGAUCGAAGAUUGGCAGCAGCACUUGUCGCAGUUCAGUUGCAACAGCAACAGAAGCAGCAACAGCUGCACAGCCAGCAACAACAUGAAGAUCCUACUUUACCUGAUGUCAGUCAUUUAGAACCCCUAUCUCCUGUUAAUGCCUACACUAUUCAAUCCAUGCCUGAUCCUGAUCCUCCUUCGGUUUAUCCCACGUUACAGCCCUUGAAGAGAAUUUCACAAAACGUCAAGCAGGAGUUCAUCAACAUUAAAAGCGAAUAUGACGUUGAUGUUUCUGCAGAAAGUAGUGAGGAUGCUGCACCAACUCCAGGACCUAAGAGAUCAUUACCCCACAAGAAAAGAAUUCCUAGAAAGCUCAAGCAACAAUCAAAAAAGAAUCCAACAAGGAGAGAUAAUGCAAGAUUAAAUCAAGAUAUAUCAGUAGAAACCACUACAGAAGUUCAAGUUCAUGCAUACAGAUGUGAACUGUGUGGAAGUAGAUUCAGUGGACAGCUCAAAUUCUUCGAGCACCUUAAGGCUCAUUACGAACCAGUCAAACAAGAAGCCAGAAUAGCCCAAGCAACAAACACAAGUAUCACUAUGUCUGUCACUGAAUCUGUACAAGGCUUAGACAAUAGCGUAAUUGAGGAAUUCGAUGAACCCGAAGAUCUUAUGGAAGGAAUCAGAGGAGUGGUUGAAGAAAUUGGAGCCCACAUAGAUGAGGAUAUUGAAACUCCGUUGGUUGAUGUAAACAAUGGACCUCCGUUGUGGGCAAUAGCAGAUGUUUCAAAGCACACCGAACAAGAAGAGAUCCAAGCUACAACCAUAAAUGAGGAUGACUUACAAGAGAAAGAAGAGACUGAUAUUCCAGAAACGGCAAAGAAAAAGAAGUUGCAAAAAAGUCGCAAGAACAACGAUGAACUCGUUUGUCCCCAAUGUGGACGAUCUUUCAAUCAUAAAAAUAGUUUAGUUUAUCAUAUGAGAUCCCACAGUGGAGAAAGACCACAUCAGUGUGAAGUUUGCGGUAAGAGUUUCUUCGCUGCUAGUGCACUAAAGGUUCAUAAACGUCUUCACAGUGGCGAUAAACCAUAUAAAUGCGAAGAUUGCGGAAGACACUUUAGACAAUGGGGUGAUUUGAAAUAUCAUUCAACUAGUAUCCAUUCAGAACAAAAGCAGUUCCAGUGCGAGUACUGUGGCAAAGAUUUUGCACGAAAAUAUUCCCUGAUCGUCCAUAGAAGAAUUCAUACCGGUGAGAAAAAUUAUCGUUGCGAAUUUUGUCACAAAACUUUCCGAGCGAGUAGCUACCUUCAAAAUCAUCGAAGAAUACACACUGGAGAAAAACCGCAUCCUUGUACCGUAUGCGGAAAACCAUUUAGAGUGCGGAGUGAUAUGAAAAGACAUAUGCAUACUCAUUCUCGCGGAAGACCAGCACGUCCUCCGAACAGAAUUGUGGCAGGAAAGAGUUUGAAUGAAGAGAGUGACAAGAAUUCUCAAGCAAGAACCAUUCAAAGCAGUAUAGUGCAGGAUUUAAAACUUGAGGUUGAACCUGGUGGAGUAGUAGAGAUCGGGCCUCCUGAAGAUAAUCCUGAGAGUAUCUUACCGCAUGAAGGGGGACAGACUUUGGAGUAUACUGUAGCAACUAGCACAGAUAAUGGAUCAGACAGAGAUCCACUGGAAGCAGUUGUUAGGACAACGGAUAACCUGCAGUACUUCUUUAUAUAAUUUGAGUCCAUAGUUGAAACCAAAUGAUCGUGGUAACAGCAAUGUACCAAUCGUACGAGGUUUUCAUAAUACCAAGGAACUUGAAUCCGUACAUGAAGAAAACUCCUCGUAGAACUUAAAGAGUUGUAACAGAAUGGACUGACUGAACGACGGUAUGAUAAAUAUUAUCGUCUACAUACUCUGCGUAAAGCCCUCAAGUGAUCUCGGUCAGCACAACACAAGUUAUUUGUGAUUGUGGCUUCCAGGUAGCCUGGGAAUGGUUACCUAUUAAUUAAAAUUAUCUUUUUAUAAUUUCCAACUGAAGCUGUGUUCCAAUUUACCAAUCAUACUCAAUAUUGAGUAGUCCUUUAUCUGUACUUGGUUCCUGAAUUAAACUGCUUUGAAAACAGCUAGAUCGUGAUCGAUUAAUGAAAAUAUUCAAGUACAUACGUAUGUACACUUGGAAAUUGGAAUACAGUCGACCGAGAUGUAACGUAGUGCAAGCCGCAAAAAUCCUAUAUUACCAAUAUAUGCUGUAAGUAAUAGUAGUCAUGCCAUUGUGUAUGUACGUUUUUAAACAUAAAUAAUUAAGUUGUUUAUAUCGCGGA